AUGUACUCAAUUUCAAAAGGUUGCGUACUUUGGGGAAAUAGAGUUGUAAUCCCAGAGACACUCAGGCACAGGGUCUUGCAAUCAUUACAUGACGGGCACCCGGGAAUGGUGCAUAUGAAGGCCCUAGCAAGGGGAUACGUAUGGUGGCCAAAAAUUGAUAAAGCUAUUGAAGAAUGGGUCCAGGUUUGCAUCCCAUGUCAGCAGAGCAGGCCAGACCCUCCAACAGCCCCGCCACAAAAAUGGGAGUCCUCCGGAAAGCCAUGGUCAAGACUUCACAUGGAUUUCGCGGGCCCCGUUCAGGGCCAAAUGUUCCUAAUCAUUGUAGAUGCCUGGUCCAAAUGGCUAGAGGUAGUGCAAAUGAAUGCAACUACAUCCACAGCGGUCAUCCAUGCGCUCCGUAGGCUGUUCGCAACCCACGGGUUGCCGGACACUCUGGUCAGCAACAAUGGCCCUCAGUUUGUGUCCGAGGAGUUUAAGACAUUCCUAUCGGACAAUGGCAUCCGGCAAAUCACCGCUGCCCCUUUUCACCCAGCUUCGAAUGGCCAAGCAGAACGCAUGGUACGCACGGCCAAAGAAGCCCUGGGAAGACUGACAGAGGGAGAUUGGAGUGUUCGGCUGGGGUCUUUCCUUCUGCGUCAACACACCACCCCCUGUAGCACAACAGGCCGUAGCCCGGCCGAGCUACUCAUGGGCAGGCGGCUAACCACCAGGUUAAACAGAUUGCACCCUGACCUUAACGAGCAACAGGAGGAGCGUACAGACCCGCAUACGAACAUGCGCACAUUUCAGGCCGGAGAUAAUGUUUUUGCCCGGAACUACGCUGCCGGCCAUCCCUGGGCCCCGGGGGUAAUUGGCGAAUGUAUUGGCACUCAAAUGUACUUGGUCCUAAUUUCCGAUGGUAGGAGAUGGCGGCGCCAUGUGGACCAGUUACGGAGGUGUUGGGUCAAGGACAGCGCCGACUCGUCAGCUGGGUCCUCCGAAUUAGUUUCUCAACCUCCCGCCUUGGAGGACGAGGUAGAGUCAGCAGGUACUGCAGGGCAAUUCCCUGCGACUGAAAAAGCAGACCCGGCCGUAAAAGCGCCUGAUUCAAGGUCUGUGGAACUACAGUUAGAAGCCCCGCUGAGUGAACCUAUCGCACUUAGAAGGUCUCAGCGUACACACAGAGCACCAACAUAUUUAGCUGACUAUGACUGCAGCAAACUAUUUGAUACUGCCUGA